GCUCUGCUUCCGCUUUUUAGGACACCCCCACAGUCGCCAGCAUGAAUUCCCAUAGAUGAUAGAUCCUAUUCCUCCACAAUCCUCCCCCACCAUGGCCGACGACGUCGUACGGAGCUCCUCCUCCUUCUCCACCACCACCUUCCGGAACUACAUUCGGAUUCCGAUUCUGAUUUCCUUUUUGAUAUGCUUCGGAUCUGCUGAGGCUCACGACAUUCUUCUACCUAGUCAACGCCACAAUUACUCGUUGCCUCGACUGUCUUCCACUUGCUCCGCACCCAACCCUAACUUGUACUAUCGCCCGGUCAUCGGAAUUGUCACCCAUCCCGGUGACGGCGCCUCUGGACGUCUCAGCAAUGCCACCACUGCCUCUUCCAUCGCCGCCUCCUAUGUCAGGUUCGUUGAGUCUGCCGGAGCUCGAGUCAUUCCGCUGAUCUAUAAUGAGCCUUCCGAAACUCUUCUUAAGAAGCUGGAGUUAGUCAAUGGGGUGCUCUUUACUGGUGGUUGGGCCAAAACUGGAUUAUAUUUUGAGACUGUCGAGAAAAUCUUCAAGAAAGUUUUAGAGAAAAACGAUGGUGGAAAUCAUUUUCCACUAUAUGGCAUCUGCUUGGGUUUUGAACUUAUAUCAAUGAUCGUUAGCAAGGACCACAAUAUACUUGAGGAAUUUAGUGCAUCAAAUCAGGCAACUAAGCUUGAUUUUUUCAAAAAUGCAAACCUCGAUGGAUCUUUAUUCCAAAGGUUUCCUCCAGACUUGUUAAAGAAGUUGAGCACCGAUUGUCUUGUCAUGCAAAAUCAUCAUUACGGCAUAUCCCCGGAAAGGCUUCUGGAUAAUGGAAAAUUAUCUGAAUUUUUUGAGAUCUUGACAACUUGCACAGAUGAAUAUGAUCAGGUUUAUAUAUCCACAGUACGCUCACGGAACUACCCUGUCACUGGCUUCCAAUGGCACCCAGAGAAAAAUGCUUUUGAAUGGGCCGCACGUCAAAAGAUCCCACACACAGAAGAUGCCAUUCUAGUGACUCAACAUGCUGCAAACUUUUUGGUCAGUGAAGCUAGGAAAUCAAGGACCAGACCAGAUGAACAAGAAGUUCUGGACAAUCUCAUUUACAAUUACCAGCCCACUUAUGGCGGGAAGGCAGGUAGAGGAUACGAUGAAGUUUAUAUCUUCACAUAAUCAUUUCUGAAUUCUGGAGAGAGGUCAAUCAACAUGGAUCUGUCUGUGUGAAUGUGUGAUGGUGGCUACAAAUAGAUAUCUUAAUUUGCUGUUGUACAAUAAUGUUGUGUUACUAGGUAAUGGACCCUUCGUUAUCAGGUUAUGAUGCUUCUUCAUGUGCUUUUUGAAUCUCCGAUACGAGAAGCUACGUUUUGAAAUUUUAGUGCGUGGUUGAAGAUGGCUCGUCCAGAGAAA